AUGCAGGGAAUUAUCAACCGACGCCUUUCAUUAUUUAAGGCAUUAGCCAAAGAAUCCGAUGGUCGAUUGAAGGUGCUAGCAUCUGAAAAGGAUCAGGAAAUAUUUAGACGACUGGGAAAAGAAAAUUUGACUGUGCAUCCUUGGGAAGAAGUUCAUCCUUCACUGUUCGCAAUAGUUCACGUGUCUAACAAGUAUCCGGGCAUGAGGAUGAUAAAGAAUUACCUAAAUCAGUUUCACGAGCGAACCGGAUUUCAGUCGUUUGGUCGAGUGCGGAUGAAUUUGAUUACUCCCGCUUAUGUGGCCGAGAAAUUGUCGGCAUCGGUAGGUGACACCAAAAGAUGCAGGUCAAGCUUAUUGAGGGAAGCAUUAACCGACUUGGAUAUUUUGAGACUGAUUCCGAACGAUGUUUUUGCUCCGAAAGUAGGGGCCGGUGCUGAAAACCUAAACAUCAAUUUAUCGUUUGACGCGCGUGCCAGGGUGUUGGACAUGACGGUGGAUCAGUUCGUGGAAUUGGCGUAUCAUUUUGAGAAAUGGCCAUUCAAGCCAGCAAAUUUCGACGUUAGUGCCAUUGACCCGGACUUUAAACAUCGUAAAAGAAUGUAG